AUGAGGGCGCCCGCGCUGCUGCCGCCCGCGCUGCUGACCUGCUGCGGCUGGCUGCUCGCCCCGGUGAGCAGCGUUCACCCCGAAUGCCAAGUUCACCUGGAAAUGCAGGAGGAGGAAGCCAAAUGUGCAGACCUUCUCAUGGCUCAGCCAGGGACGCACAAAGCCUGCAGCGGAGCCUGGGACAACCUCACGUGCUGGCGCCCCGCGGACCUCGGCGAGACCGUCACGGUGCCCUGCCCCCCGGUGUUCAAGGUGUUCAGCAGCCUUCACAGCAAACCAGGGAACAUCAGCAAGAACUGCACAAGCGACGGGUGGUCGCAGACCUUUCCGGACUUCAUGGACGCGUGCGGCUACCGUGACCCCGAGGACAGGAGCCAGAUCACGUUCUAUGUUCUGGUGAAGGCCACCUACACCCUGGGCUACAGCGUCUCUCUGGCUUCCCUUACAACAGGAAGCGUCAUUCUUUGCCUCUUCAGGCGGCUGCACUGCACCCGGAACUACAUCCACCUCAACCUGUUCCUCUCGUUCAUCCUGAGGGCCAUCUCGGUGCUGGUCAAGGACAGCGUGCUGUACUCCGGCUCCAGCACCCUGCACUGCCCCGACCAGCUGGCCUCCUGGGUGGGCUGCAAGCUGAGCCUGGUGCUCUUCCAGUACUGCGUCACGGCCAACUUCUCCUGGCUGCUGGUGGAGGGGCUGUACCUGCACACCCUGCUGGCGGCCAGCUUCUCCCGCGGCCGCCGCUUCCAGGCCUACCUCCUGAUCGGGUGGGGCAUCCCCGCCGGAUGCACAGCGGCGUGGGCCGUGGCCAGGCUCUGCUUGGAAGACACGGGUUGCUGGGAUACCAAUGAGCACAGUGGCCCCUGGUGGGUGAUCCGAACCCCGAUUCUAAUCUCAAUUCUCGUCAAUUUUAUCCUGUUUGUGAGUAUCUUACGGAUUUUACUGCAGAAGUUGACAUCCCCAGAUGCCAGAGGCAGCGAGCAGCCACAGUAUAGGAGGCUGACCAAGUCCACCCUGCUGCUCAUCCCGCUGUUCGGCAUCCACUACAUGGUGUUUGCCGUGCUGCCCACGGGCACCUCCUCCAGAUUCCAGCUCCUGUUUGAGCUGUGCGCGGGAUCCUUCCAGGGCCUGGUGGUGGCGGUUCUCUACUGCUUCCUCAACAGCGACGUGCAGAACGAGCUAAGGAGGAAGUGGCAGAGCCUGUGCCCGCGCCAGCUCUCGGGACGGGGCGACCGGCUGCACAGCCUGUCCAUCUCCAGGAACGGCUCGGAGAGCACCCUGCCUUCCCACCGCGGCUCCCACUCCCCGUCCUUCCUGCAGACGGAGACCUCGGUCAUCUAGUGCCGGGUUCCGUGAGCCGGAGCCACGUGGGCCCGGGCGCCCGGGAAACCAGCACCGGCUCAGCGCCUGGCCAGGUGGCUCUGCCCACCUCCUAACGACGGCGACGGCGACCGAGCGCGACCGAGAUCUCAUCGUGGUUAAGCUUCCGCAUUUGCUAGUAGCUGCUUUGUUCAUCACGCUUGGCUGUGUGGAUGGACCCAUUUCCAAAGAGAACAACGGGGGCACCAAGUGACCCCUGAGCAAGAGGCGCUGGCCCCGCCGCCGUGGAAGGCUCCCAGCCUGGAUGUCUGUCCUCAGCGGGGGCCGGGCCCCCCCGGCCAUCCCUGCUCCGCCCGGUCCCCGGGGCUGCGCGGGGCUGCGGACACAGGAGCCGGCGAGGACUUCCCCGAGGCGGCCCCGGCGGCCCCCUCUCCUGCUUCGAGGCCACGGCCGCAGGGAGCAGCGUGCCCCUCAGGGGGUCCUGUUUAUGAGGGCCUCAGCCACUAAAGGGACACCAUGGCGUUACUUCAGGCCCUCACCCCCGGCCCCUGGCCAUCGGGCGCCACCAGACACACGGAGAAGCCUAGUCUCCUCAGGAAAAGAGCCUGAUGCCCUCUCUGUCUGAGCGGAGGCUCUUACUGCAAGGACAGUGUCCUGAGCGCCUCCGUGC